AUGCUUUCUCUUCUCACUCUACAUCCGCCCAGUCUCGCACUCUCGCACUCUCGCAGUCUUGCUGUCAAUCACGACAAGAUGGCGCAAUCUACGCGCACCUUGUCGCUCCGCAUCCUCUCGCCAGCCGUCGAGCUGGGCCAGGGCCUCGACAUGGCUGACAUGCCAAUCGACACCACCAUAGGCGCAUUGAAGUCAAAGUUGACCGACAUGCUGCCCACAAACCCUACGCCUGAUCGCAUGAGACUCAUCCACUAUGGCCGCCUGCUGGCCAACGACGACGAGACACUGGCACACCUAUUCGGAGAAGCCGCCAUUACCCAAACCACGCCCUUCACAUUACAUCUCGUCGUCCGCGCUCCUCCCACUCCAAUGGAGACGGCAGCUACCCGACAACCGCUCUUUGCAAACUGGGCUCCUCAGAAUGCCCAACCAGGCCCCGCACAACAACAGCCAAAUGUCCUUCCACCAGGCGCUGCGAACCAUCCCUUGAUGCGACCAGGUGCUGCCUUCGUCUCGCCGUCCCAAGGUGCUACUGCCACUCCACCGCAUCCUGCCGCUCCUACACCGACCAUACAACACAGCCACGCACCUUCGCCCAAUCCGCUGCAUCAGCUCAUGGAGCGCCAACAACAACAGCUUAGACAGCUCCACGACCACCGUCCUCAAUUUCCUCUACCCGCCAUGCCGAGACAAACUCCUCCUCAGAGUGCUCCACAUACUCCACCACCCUUCGCUCACCACCAUGCCCAUCCACACAUCCACCAACAUCUCCAUCACCCAAAUAUUGCCCAUGUCCACCAGCAACCGCCCCACCCGCAGCACCCACAACACCCUCAACACCCACUCCACCAACAACCACACCAGCGUACCGCUACCAUAACAAUCAACCAAAGCACAAUCGCUGUACCUAUGCCUCUUGGUCCCCGUGCCAUGCCCAUGGGUCAGAUGCCCCUACCUGGCUUCCCACCAAUGCACAACAUGUUUCAUCAAGCUGCUCAACCGCAAAUGCAGCAAUUCAAUCCGGCUUCGCCCACCGUCUACCUGCUCUCAUCACCAACCGGCCCACAAGCUCUGCUAUUUUCUCCACAAGGCACAUAUACAGCAAGCUUACCACACACUCCUUUCCUUGGUUUACCCAACAUGCCCGGCAUACUCAAUCCGCUCUCGGCCCAUACACGACCUCAGACACCUGCUGCUCAAGCGGCGGCAGCGGCGGCGGCGCCACCAGCAGACGUCCAACAACGUCCUGUUGUCAUUGACCCUCAACAACCACCGGAACAGAUUGCGCAACAGAUCGUCCAGCAAAUGAACCAGGGAGGUGCAGAAAACCAAGAAUUUAAUGCUCUCGCACCAUGGCAACCGCUCUUGGCUCAGGGCUGGAUGUUACUACGUCUCUUGUUCUUCGCAUGGAUCUUACUGGGCACAGGUCAAGGAUGGCGAAGACCAUUGGCUCUUCUCGCCAUUGGCAUUGUCUUCUGGGCUGUUAAUGCUGGCGGCAUUGGCAACACAGUCAGAGAUGCAGUUCGAUCAUGGUGGGAAGCAGUUGUCGGAUUACCUGGACAACAACAGCAACAAGACCACGGUGUAGUCAGACAAGCUCUGCGACCCGCCGAACGCCUCCUCGCUCUGCUUAUUGCAUCAUUAUGGCCUGGAGUCGGCGAACGUACCGUUACUGCCAGGAGAGAAGCAGAAGAAAGACAAAGACGUGAAGAAGGAGAGCGACAGGCAGCAGAAGCAGAGCGCCAGAGACAGCUCGAAGCCGAGCAAUCUGCCACUCAAGCAGAGACUACGAGUGCAGGAGAAAGCGACCCAGUCACCACGAUUGAAGGACCAUCUACUACCACAGCGACGGCCACUGGUAACGAUGUGUCUGACGGAAACCAAGAGAUCAGGGAGAGGAAGACGACGACACAGGAUCAAAGCGCCGAAGAGCAGGCUAGCUCAUCAGAACCUGCCUUGUCGCGUGAAGAGCAGAGAGCUCAGCAAGUCAGCAAUCUCACCGCAGACUGGUGA